CAGGAAACAUGUCGGUGUGGUGGGAGCGAACCGGGAUGCAGCUGCUGCCAAGGGAGACAGGGAGUACCUGCAUCCAGUCCACACAUCAGCACCUUUAAAACCACCAGGCUUUCCCCACAGAUCCGUGUGCUCAUGAUGCGCUGCUGAACCGCUUCUCUUCUCUUUUCUUUUUUUUUUUUUUUUUUUGUAAAAAAGCAAACCCAUCCAUUUGAAACGAAGGGGCACCCAAUGGAUGCUGUGGCGAACCGUGUCGUCCCGCUCGGUAUCUUCACAUUGUGUUUGAUUUAGCCUCCAGCCAGAGACACCUUGAUGAAACAGCAGGAACUACGAGGACUGUUGCAAUGGAGUCGACUCUCUCACGGCUCAAACCGCGUCUGUAAACCUACAACAUCUCGUUUCAUGGCGUUUUGCAGGUUGCUCUGCUCCGUGGGCUUCUCCACGUUUCUUUCCUGAAUUAUUAUUUUUGUUGUUGUUUUUUUUUUUUUUUAUUUCAAAGUGCAAAGGGAAAAUAACGACCACUGCUCGCAAAACUAUGAACGAGGAGAUGACAAAAAGCGAGGAGCAGCAUCUGAGUUUGCAGAAAGCCUUGCAGCAGUGCGAGUUGGUGCAAAAUAUGAUAGACAUAAGCAUUUCUAGUUUGGAGGGUUUACGGACCAAAUGUGCCACAUCCAACGACUUGACACAAAAAGAGAUACGCACGCUGGAGGGGAAGUUGGUGAAGUACUUCAGCCGCCAGCUGUCCUGUAAGUGCAAAGUGGCCUUAGAGGAGCGCAGUGUCGAGCUGGAGGACUUCCCUCGCCUCGGCCACUGGUUCCGCAUCGUCAACUUGAGGAAGGAGGUCACACAGGAGAUGAGCCCGGGUGAGGUGACCCUGGAGGGCCUGCUGGAGAUGAGCGAGGAGCAGGUGUGUGAGCUGCUGCAGAAGUUUGGUGCCAACGAAGAGGAGUGUGCUCGACUCAACGCCUCCCUCUCCUGCCUCAGAAAGGCCCACCAGCUCGAACAACUUGAGGAGGAUAAAUUGCACAGUAACGGAGGGAGCCAGGCGAAGCAGGACUGGUCCAUCCAGUGGCCCACCUCUGAAUCGGGCAAAGAAAACACUCCGGUGUGCCAGCCAGAGGCCAGUCAGUGGAUCCGGUUCCAGCUCUCCCAAAGCCCCAAAGUCCAGUCCAAGUACAACCAGCACAUGUGCCACAGCCCCCAGGCCCUGGCCCCCCCUUUAUAUGCCGAUCGACUGACCGUCGACAGCCCCGCCACAGGGCUCUUCCCUCCCUUGGACACUGGUCAUCGCUCCCUGCCCCCGUCACCCCGCCAGAGGCAUUUUGGCCACACACCUCCUCGGACUCCCUUGGUGGUCAACACCAUGACCCCGCCUGGCACUCCCCCUAUGCGGCGAAGGAACAAAGUAAAGGCCCCAGGCACGCCACCUCCGCCGAGCCGCAAGCUCAUCCAUCUGCUGCCGGGCUUCACAGCGCUGCAUCGCAGCAAAUCCCACGAGUUCCAGCUGGGGAACCGCUUGGAAGACACGCAGACACCAAAAGCCAAGAAGAAGACCAAGCCCUUGAACCUUAAGAUCCACAGCAGCGUGGGCAGCUGUGAGAAUCUGCCCACGCAGCGCUCGCCCCUCCACACUGAACGAUCUCUGCGAUCCUUCUUCUUCCCCUCCUUCAUCCCUUCAACACCUCCUGUCCAUGCUGAAACACCCUCUGCAAACACUCUCUCAGUGCCUCGCUGGUCCCCACAGAUUCCUCGAAGAGAUCUGGGAAACUCAAUAAAACACAGGUUUUCCACGAAGUAUUGGAUGUCCCAGACAUGCAUAGUAUGUGGGAAGGGAAUGUUGUUUGGACUGAAAUGUAAAAACUGCAAGCUGAAGUGCCACAACAAAUGCACCAAAGAAGCCCCACCUUGCCAUUUAUUGAUCAUACAGCGAGGCGGACGAGAAUCCCUCAAAGAUCACCAAGGAACAACUCAAGUAGCUCGUCUGGUACGGACUGAAUCAGUGCCAUGUGACAUCAACAACCCGCUCAGGUACACAGACCUGCACAUCAGUCAGACGCUCCCCAAAACCAACAAAAUCAACAAGGAUCACAUCCCAGUCCCGUACCAACCAGACUCCAGCAGUAAUCCCUCAUCCACCACCUCCUCCACCCCGUCCUCCCCGGCUCCUCCUCUGCCCAGCAGUGCCACGCCCCCCUCGCCACUACAUCCCUCCCCGCAGUCGGCGCGGCAACAGAAACAAUUCAACUUGACAGCCUCCAGUUAUUUCAAAUACAAACAACAGUUCAUCUUUCCUGAUGUUGCUCCAGAAGCUCCUCCGAGCAGAGCACCGCAGGUCAUACUGCACCCUGUCAUGUCCGAACCAGGGAAUGAGGGGAACCCUCUACUUCAAAUCGAAGUUGAACCUACAUCAGACAACGAGGAGGGCAACGACGAGGACUCCGGUGAUGAGUUUGAGGAGAUGAACCUGUCACUCCUGUCGGCUCGCAACUUCCCGCGCAAGGCCAGCCAGACCAGCAUCUUCCUGCAGGAGUGGGACAUCCCGUUCGAGCAGCUGGAGAUCGGGGAGAUGAUUGGCAAGGGGCGCUUCGGCAAAGUUUUCCACGGACGCUGGCACGGCGAGGUGGCCAUCCGCUUGAUCGACAUAGAGCGCGACAACGAGGACCAGCUCAAGGCCUUCAAGCGUGAGGUGAUGGCCUACCGCAACACUCGCCACGAGAAUGUGGUGCUGUUCAUGGGGGCCUGCAUGAGCCCGCCACACCUGGCAAUCAUCACCAGCUUGUGUAAAGGCAGGACACUUUAUUCUGUGGUGCGGGAUGCCAAGGUUGUCCUGGACGUUAACAAGACCAGGCAGAUCGCACAAGAGAUGGUCAAGGGGAUGGGCUACCUCCACGCUAAGGGGAUCUUACACAAAGACAUGAAGUCCAAGAACGUGUUUUAUGACAACGGCAAAGUCGUAAUCACCGACUUUGGACUCUUCACCAUAUCUGGGGUUUUGCAGGCUGGCAGCCGGAGAGAAGACAAACUGAGGAUCCCCAACGGCUGGCUGUGUCACCUGGCCCCAGAAAUAAUCCAGCAGCUCUCUCCGGACACAGAGGAGGACAAGCUUCCCUUCUCCAAACAGUCAGAUGUCUUUGCUUUUGGCACCAUCUGGUAUGAGUUACAUGCACGUGAGUGGCCUUACAAGAGUCAGCCAGCAGAGGUGAUCAUAUGGCAGAUCGGCAGCGGGAUGAAGCCCAACCUCGCCCAGACUGGCAUGGGGAAGGAGAUAUCGGACAUUCUGCUUCUGUGCUGGGCGUACAAGCAGGAAGAGCGGCCCAGCUUCUCCAAGCUGGUAGAUUUACUGGAAAAGUUGCCAAAACGGAACCGUCGCCUUUCCCACCCAGGGCACUUCUGGAAGUCAGCUGAGUAUGUCAAAUGAGUUAGGGACACAAAACAGCAAACAAUCAGCAACUAUUAAAAAAAUAAACGGGGAAAAAAAACAAAAAAACAAACAGCCGCCAUAACUCUACAUAAAUAACCCACCUCCUUAAAGAAUGCACUGAAUCCAAAAGCCAGCCCAGUGAUGAAAACUGCCCGUGCUGUGUGUAUUUUCAUGGAAUGUUGGCAUGUGUGUGUACAGAUAAGUUGACUGUCCAGCUUCUCAAAGCAGUCGGGACUCAUAUUUUCUUUGGUUUGAUUUAAACCAUACUGGAUAUUUUUUCCUUUUAUCUUUUUUGUCUUUUACUAUUGACUUGAUCCCUUCAUGAUAUUUGAUUUAUUUCCUGGAUGUAUCUUGCUUGUAAUUUUCGACUGAUCACAUCAUCCUGGACUUUAAAAAAAACAAAAAAAAAAAACAACACGUUUGAGAACAAAUGUAGAUUUUUUUCCAUGUCUUCUUUUCUGUUUUGAAUGAAUGUAACUGUUGUACAUCACACAUUGUAUAUUUCCAUAGCAUUGUCUUGCCAUUCCUUAUGUCUGUCAACUGUGUAGACCAUUUUGUCAGUGUUACCUCAUGGUCGCUCAUGUGUGGGUGUCUUUACAAGUUACAUGUGUGUCUCAGAAGCUUUAUUUGACUUAAAAGAAAAUGUCCUCUUAUUUACACCGUACCAUUUGAAUGUGAAGAAGCCAGCAUCCCUGUUUGUGUGGGGAUGUGUUGGCACGGUUCUCUGAUGGGGAGACUGUUCUCUGAUCAGCCUGUGCUUUGAUUAUUGCCUGUGAACAUAAAGUGAGAAGUCUGAACAAUAACAGCCUUUUGGGGAAACAAAGCCGCUGGUCAGACCAGGACUCCCUCACUUGACGCUGUUCUGUGAAAUCGCUGACACUUGAAAUGUAUCUUGUCAACUGUUGGAGAACUAAUUACCCUUCAGAAAUGCUGUCACUGAGCCCCCCCCAUCCCCCAUUUCCCAGAAAUAAGUGUAUAUUAUUUUACUUUAAAUAGCAAAUGAUAGAUACAGAAUAUAAUAGAUACAAAUCUAAAGCUUGCUACUGUAUAGUCAGUGCAGUUACUUUA